AUGUUGGACCAACUGAUUUCUCUCACCAAGCGUGUCUAUGUCGAGGUAACAGCCUCGACCACAACAGCCGAGCAGAAUGAAAUGAAUCGAGACUCUUUCCGUAGGGCUGCCAAAUACGGAUAUGGGUUCAUAUAUUUCGCAAUCGUCCUACUGGCCAUCACCACUCUUAUUCGACUCUACCAAGGCUAUAGCGACAAGAAACGGAUUAUAUUACACAAGGAGACUAUUUCUCAAAUGUUCCAUGGCUCCUCAACACCAGACGAGUAUGAGCUUCCAAGUGCAGGCACUGAUGCUUCAAGCAUGCAAUUCUUCCCGCCAACAAUAUCGCAUCCGGUCCCGAAGCGCGAAUCCGUCAUUCAAAGAGUUAUCCGCUUGAACAAAGUGAUCGCAUUCUUUCGAUGGAUCUUCUAUCGCCCGAUUCCUACGCUAAAAUUUAGAGGCAUGGAAUUUGUUUUCCCUUCUCUGGCUGUGGUGGCCGUGGUAGCAGCAGCUUUCAUCUUCGUCACUUUAUACUGCUUUGUCCCCCAGCCACUGUACUAUUGGUACAUUUCUCUAGGGUCGCCACCGCUCGCUGUUCGUGCUGGCAUGCUGGCUGUUGCCACUAUCCCGUGGAUUGUUGCACUGGCCACCAAAGCAAAUUUCAUCACGAUGAUGACCGGACUAGGCCAUGAGCGGCUGAAUGGAUUGCAUCGCUGGUUGUCCUAUAUUUGUCUCUUCCUCUGCAUUGUCCACGUGGUACCGUUUUAUAUCACUCCGAUCUGGACGGGUGAUGCCUCGAUCAACUACCGAAACUGGAUAACUCCAGGUAUUUACGUAUAUGGAAAUGGAUGGGCAGCCUUUGUACCUUUGAUUGUUCUCUGCGUUCAUUCACUUCCGUUCUUACGGCAACGAAUGUAUGAAUGUUUCAUCGUCAUUCAUAUCCCGGUUUCCUGGAUAUUCGUGGCAAUGAUGUUCUGGCAUAGCAAGAAUUACUUGAAGUCGUGGGCUUACCUUUGGACAACGGUGGCGAUCUUGAUUUCCACAUAUCUCAUUCGGCUGUUCUAUUUGAACUGGUCCAAUCCUUUCCGGCUAUCAUCCUUCUUGAUCGGAGAAGAAUGUGCUGUGACCCUUCUUCCGCAAAAUGCUGUCAAGGUGACAAUUCCGACGAAAAUGCGCUGGAGGGCUGGUCAGUAUGUCUACUUGCGCAUGCCCAGUAUUGGCUUCAUAGAGAGCCAUCCUUUCACGAUUGCGUCUCUUUGCAGUGAUGAUUUUCCAUCUGCGUAUGGUGAAAAGUACCGCGACAUGACACUUGUAUUCCGACCAUUUGAAGGGUUCACCCGCAAAGUUCUGAAGAAAUCGCUGGAGUACGGUCCUUUCAAAACAUAUACGGCAUAUCUGGAGGGUCCCUACGGCGGUAUGAAGCGUGACAUGGCCGCUUUCGAUGAUGUGGUGUUUUUUGCAGGUGGAAGCGGUAUUACUGCAAUUGCCAGCCAGCUGCUGGAUCUCAUAAAAAGGAUUCGGGAUGGCAAAGCUGUCACAAAGUCGAUCAAGGUUGUCUGGGCAUUACGGUCUGCCGAGACUAUGGGCUGGUUCUCUGAAGAACUCCGAAUUUGCCGCGACAGUGCACCGAUGAAUCUUGUGCACUGCCAUUUCUUCCUCACUGGGAUGCAACUGGCGGACCAAGCUGGUCGGGAUUUGGUACAGGAGAAGAUCUACGGCAUGCUCCAAGGCAUUGACAAGCGUAAUUCGGCCUAUAUUCGAGAAGAAGCUGCCGGCGACAUGGAACGCGAGAAGGAGCUACGCCGUGAGAACGAAGAUGGACUUACUGCUCUUCCAGGAGCAUAUACUGCGAACCAUGCGCCCAACACCAGACAUCAUUUUCAGUCUGGCACGAGCUCAUCGGACUCGCUUGCAAGCGUAAAUAGUCUUGGCUUCGAUUUUGGGUUCGGGAAAACAACGCCUGUGUCUCAGAAGCAAGAUAUGCCGCGCUAUGCUUCUUUCCAGCCGUCUCUGCGCAGGGAUAACUGGAAGACGGAUUACUUUCGGCCUAAUGUUGCCAAAAUGCUGAAUGACUACUCGAAAACCUUUGGGCGUCGUGCUUGUAUCUUUGUCUGCGGCCCACCGAGUCUGCGUGUCGAGGUGUCGAAUACCGUGGCAAAGCUACAGCUGCAGGUGCUGACUGACAGCUCCAAAGAUGAGAUAUUCCUGCACGCGGAGAACUAUAACCACUAG